GUGUCGCCAUUUUCGCAGGCGGUAUUUCGGCAGAACUGAGCAAAAGUGCGACAUUAAGUAGCGUAGCUAUCGAUUUUUAAAGACGUGUACAUUGGAAAGGUACAAGCGUUAGACAAUUGUAGAGGAAGCACCCUUUAACUAUUUAUAUUAUUUGGACAACUGCACACAAUGAACAUGGAUGCGACUGCUGUUGAAAAUCGUGAGAAAGAGCGCGAUCGGCGCGGCCGAGGAGCACGUGGCUCGCGUUUUUCCGAUGCCGAUGGAAAUGGUAACGUUGGUGGAAAUGGAGGUGGUGGGGGAGGAGCGGCGCGGGACCGAAGUCGUGAACGCAGAAACUGUCGUGUUUAUAUCUCAAACAUACCCUAUGACUACCGGUGGCAAGAUCUGAAGGAUCUGUUCCGUCGCAUUGUCGGUUCCAUUGAAUACGUGCAGCUGUUUCACGAUGAGAGCGGAAAGGCACGCGGCUGCGGCAUUGUGGAGUUCAAAGAUCCGGAGAACGUGCAAAAGGCAUUGGAAAAGAUGAAUCGGUAUGAGAUAAACGGACGUGAAUUGGUCGUGAAGGAGGAUCAUGGUGAGCAGCGGGAUCAAUACGGACGUAUUGUGCGCGAUGGUGCCGGCGGAGGAGCUGGAAACGGAGGUGGUGUUCGGGAUCAUAUGGAUGACCGUGAUCGCGGCUUUUCCCGCCGUGACGACGACAGAAUAUCUGGGCGUAAUAAUUUUAACAUGAUGUCAAAUGAUUAUAAUAAUUCGUCGAAUUACAAUUUGUAUGGGCUUUCUGCUUCGUUUUUGGAGAGUCUUGGCAUAAGUGGACCUUUGCAUAAUAAGGUUUUUGUUGCUAAUCUGGACUAUAAAGUGGAUAGCAAGAAGCUCAAGCAAGUCUUUAAGCUGGCAGGAAAGGUGCAGAGUGUGGAUCUUUCACUCGAUAAGGAGGGCAACAGUCGCGGGUUUGCUGUUGUCGAAUAUGAUCAUCCUGUAGAGGCAGUGCAGGCAAUUUCCAUGUUGGAUCGGCAAAUGCUCUACGAUAGGCGCAUGACUGUGCGCUUAGAUCGCAUACCGGACAAAAGUGAAGGUCUGAAACUGCCCGAAGGAUUGGGUGGUGUGGGAAUCGGUUUGGGACCCAAUGGUGAACCACUCAAGGAUGUGGCACACAAUCUGCCCAAUGGCGGAAAUCCAUCCCAAAUCGGAGGCAACAACUCGGGCUCUCAGCUCUCAAAUGCUGGUGCCAACCAAGUCAAUGCUGCAGCCAAUGCCAACAAUUUGCUUGGCAGCCUGGGUGGUGUAAUGUUUGGCAACAAUGCGUCUGUGCAGCCUUCGCCAGUUACUCCAGUGCAGAAGCCUUUGGUGGGCAACAACGCGGGUGGCGGCGGUGGCAUCAAUUUGAGCAAUCUUAAUCCGAGCAACCUGGCCGCUGUUGUGGGAAAUUUGGGCAAUCUUGGCGCAGCCCUUUCGAACCCACUAUUGACCUCAUCGCUAAAUACACUCGGCUUGAAUUUGGGCAAUGCUGGUGGCGGAAAUCAGGACGAUACGCUGUCGGCAAGCAAUGCUGGAUUGUCGAACAACUACAGCAGCAGUGGCAACAACUAUAGUUCUGGCGGCUACGGCACGGGAGGUGGCAGUGGCGUGUCUGGUGGCAACGUCGGCUACAAUGCUUACAACAGCAGCGGCGGCUCAGGAGGCGGCAACAAUAAUGGUGGCAAUCAGCUUGAUGGAAAUGACUACAAAACCAGUAUGGAUAUGUUUGGCGGUGGCUCGCUCGGCACUGGAAAUGUCGCUGGCGGAGGUGUGGCUGGCGGUUCGGCUGGUGCACGUAAAUCGGACACGCUUAUCAUCAAAAAUCUUCCACUAAGCUGCACAUGGCAGACAUUGCGCGACAAAUUCCGUGAUGUGGGCGACGUCAAAUUUGCCGAGAUACGCGGCAACGAUGUGGGCGUGGUGCGUUUCUUUAAGGAGCGCGAUGCCGAAUUGGGCAUAGCUCUGAUGGAUGGCUCUCGCUUAGACGGUCGCACCAUAAAAGUCACAUACUUUUAGAUUUAUGUAUAGUCUUAAAUAUUGUAACCAACCACCCCCCAAUAAUUUAUAAGUUUGACAAAGGUCUGCCACACACAGCUUCUUCUCUUCAUCACAAUUCUAAAGGCAACUGGCCGGAGACAUUUAAAGCUAUUUCAAUUCAUUUUUUAUCGAAGCAGAUGGAGUCAAAUCGUAUAUAUAUUUUGAUGAGCGACUGCUAUUACAACAACAAGAAGAAAACACCAAUGCCAACGAUAACCGCAACACUUGCAUCAUUUUAUAUAUCAUUAAUAAUAUUGUAUAACAGAAGAAAACAAAUAAUUGACGUUCCAAGAAACAUGAGACGCAAUUCAUGUAGUUUGUAAGCGAUCCAUCAUUCUGAAUAAAUAAAUAAAAACAAUAUGUAGAGCUGAAUAA